AUGGCGGGGUUGAAUAGAGAAAUUCAUGAUAUUGUGGAGAUGCAACAACACUAUGAUGUUGAGGAAUUGCUUCAACAUGCUUUGAAGGCCGAGAGUCAAAUAAAGAGGAAUAAGAAGAGCUUUUCAUCAUCAUCAAGCUCAUGGAAAACUCCAAUCAAGAAGGAUGAUAAGUCGACCAAAGAGAAGGAGUUGGCGCAAAAGGGGGCUACCCCUAAAUCCGAUUCUAAAUCUUCAUCGAGUUCAUCUUCAAAGAAUCAUGUUAAGUGUUUCAAGUGUCAAGGCUUUGGACACUAUGCUAAAGAUUGUGUUAACAAGAAAGUGUUGUUCGUGAAUGAACAAGGAGAAAUCGAAAGUGAAGAUGAAGAGAUUACUCUAGGAUCCAGUGGUGAUAGAGAUGAUGAAGGAGAUGCGCAUGAUGAUAGUGAUGAUGGUGUCGGUUUUGCACGUAAGAGUUUGGUUGCUAGGAGAACUUUGAGUGCUUAUGUGAAAGACGAUGUGAACAAUCAAAGGGAAAACUUGUUUCAUACUAGGAUGUACGCGAAUGGGAAGCCUAGUAGUGUGAUUAUUGAUGGUGGGAGUUGUACAAACAUAGCUAGUGUUUUUUUGGUGAAGGAGAUCCAAUUACCCACUACAAAACACCCUAAACCUUAUAGCUUGGGUUGGAUCAACGAUAAGGAGGAAAUUAGGGUUAACAAACAAGUUUUAGUUUCUCUUUGUUUGGGCAGGUACAAAGGAGAUGUAUUGUGCGAUAUCUUACCCAUGCAAGCAUGCCAUGUACUACUUGGGCGACCAUGGCAAUAUGACAACAAAGUCCAAGAUGAUGGUGAGACGAACCAAUAUACUCUCAUGUGUGGUAAGAAGCCCUUUACUUUUAUUCCGUUAUCACCUCAAGAGGCUUUAAAAGAUCAAUUGAAAUUGAAAGAGGAUUUUGCUAAGUUAGAUUCGGAAUUUAGGGCUAAAGAAAAGACUAAUCAUGCUAAUUUAGGUGAGAAUUGCGAUAUAAUUAAGCAUGUUAGUUCUAAGAAAGUUAAUAAGGAGUGUAUGUUAGCUACUAAGAGUGAGAUUAAAGAAGCUUUGAAUGAUAAUUUUGUUUUGAUCUUGUUUUUGCUUAACUAUACACUUGGAGAGAAGUCGACACCCCCUCUAGCAAUAGAGGGAGUCGACGUCCCUAGGGUUUUCAAAGGGGAGAAUCGUUCCUCCCCAGUCCUGGCAAUAAACAACAUAACGGUAAAGUAUCGUCACCCUAUUCCUAGAUUAGAUGAUAUGCUAGAUGAAUUGCAUGGUGCUUGCUUAUUUUCUAAGAUUGAUCUCAAGAGUGGCUAUCAUCAAAUUCGCAUGAAAGAGGGUGAUGAAUGGAAAACUGCCUUUAAAACUAAAUUAGGGAUGUAUGAAUGCCGAAACCUAGAUGAGCAUGUUAGGCAUCUAAGAUGUGUGUUAGAUGUACUUAGGGUUGAGAAAUUAAAUGCUAACCUUAAGAAGUGCACCUUUUGCACAAACAAGCUUGCUUUUCUUGGUUUUGUGGUUUCAUCGCAAGGUAUAGAGGUUGAUGAGGAAAAGAUCAAGGCAAUCAAAGAUUGGCCAACACCCACCAACUUUGGACAAGUGAGAUCUUUUCAUGGACUAGCCGGAUUUUAUAGGAGGUUUGUUAAGGACUUUAGCACCUUAGCCUCCCCUAUUACAAGUGUUAUGAAGAAGAAUGCACCAUUCAAGUGGGGAGAUGAACAACAAGAAGCAUUUGAGACGUUGAAGGAAAAACUAACUAAUGCUCCUUUGCUUGUUUUACCUAACUUUAACAAUACUUUUGAGAUUGAAUGUCAUGCAUCAGGGGUUGGAAUUGGAGCUGUUUUAAUGCAAGAUCAUGAGAGCUUAAAGUAUUUAAGAGGCCAACAAAAGCUAAACAAGAGACAUGCUAAGUGGAAUGAGUUCAUAGAGAGCUUUCCUUAUGUUGUGCGAUACAAACAAGGUAAGGAGAAUGUGGUAGCCGAUGCUUUAUCAAGGAGGAAAGAGAGGUUCCCUGAAAAGAGAAAGUCUAAGCUCUUACCUCGUGGAGAUGGUCCAUUCCAAGUCUUGGAGAGGAUCAAUAACAACGCCUACAAGCUAGAUCUUCCUAGUGAAUAUGGCAAUGUAAGUGCUAUUUUUAAUGUUUCAGACUUAUCCUUGUUUGAUAGUGAUGCAGAUUUGAGGACAAAUCCUUUUCAAGGGAGAGGGGAUGAUGCGCCAAGGGCUUAUCAUGCCUUAGAAGAGCACAAUGGAGCCAUUGGAGAUCAUGUCUUGGAUAAACAUGGAGAUGUCUUAGAGAUUCAAGAAGAUGCCACGGAUGAUCCCGGAUUGAACACAAGCUUGGCGGAGCUAGGAGUUGAGGACCGGCCACCAUCGCAUGGAGCAACCGGCCAAGACCGGCCAAUGCAUGGGACAUCGCAUGGGCCAUCGCACGGACCAUCGCAUGGACCAUCCGGCCACAACCGGCCACUUGAUCCUUUAGCCAUGCCGCAAGGUCCAAUGACUAGGGCUCGGGCUAAAGGUUCAAGGAAGUUUUAUUGGGCUUUGGAAGAUUUGUCCAAGAAUCUUUUUGGAGGUGCAGAGUCUGUGGGAGAAGCAGGUGGUGCAAUAUUGAGAAAACCUAUAGCUGAAGCACUGGAAUUGAUGGAAACUGUUGCAUCCAAUAAUGAAGAAUCUUAUGGGGAAAGAGAUGGAUCCAAGAGAGGUUUGCAUUCGGUAGAUAGUGUUACUAUGCUUAAUGCUAAACUUGAUUCUAUUGUUACCAUGUUGAACAAGGCUAAUAUUAAUGCUAUCUCUAACCCCUCUAACCCUUCUAUGAGUUGUGAGUGGUGUGCAGAAUAUCAUGAUAGUUCUGAGUGUCUACAGUUAGAACAGGCUCAAUAUGUUGCUAAUACUGGAAGGCAGCAAAGCAAUCCUUACCCCAACACUUACAAUCAAGGGGUGAGAAAUCACCCUAAUUCUUCUUGGGGGGUCAAGCCACAAGCACCACCACCUCAAACAUCAGCAUUUGAGAAAAGACUUGACAAAAUUGAGGAGUUGGUCAUGCAGAUGACUAAAUCAAAUCAGACUGCCAUACAAAAUCUUGAGGUGCAGGUCAGUCAGUUGGCUAAGCAGUUAAGUGAAAGAGGUAAUGGACAAUUCCCUAGUGACGCUACGGUGAAUCCUAAGGAAAAUUACAAAGCAAUCACUUUGAGGAGUGGAAAACUUGUGGAGACUGAUGCCACAAAAGAGAAAGCAGUAAAGUCCACUCUAAAGGAAGCUGAACUUGUGGAUGUUGAUGCCGAUGAGGUAAGCACAACUCAGAUGAGUAAGCCAAUUUCUCAAUCUCCAGUUAAGCCUUAUGUACCACCUAUUCCAUAUCCUCAAAGGUUGAGAAAGAGACAUGAUGAGGACAAUUACAAAAGGUUUUUAGAUUUGUUUAAGAAAAUUCAUAUUAACAUACCUUUUGUUGAGGCACUUGCCAAAAUGCCUAGUUAUGCUAAAUACUUGAAACAUAUUGUGUCAAGCAAGGAGAAAUUGGAGGAAUAUUCUACUGUACCUUUGACUGAGGAGUGUAGUGCCAUCCUACGAAGGAAACUACCUCCCAAGUUAAAGGAUCCAGGGAGUUUUAUUAUACCUUGCUACUUUGGUGAAUUGAGUGUAGUAAAGUGUUUGGCUGAUUUAGGUGCUAGCAUAAAUUUGAUGCCUUUGUCUCUUUAUAGAAAACUUGGAUUGGAAGGCCUAAAACCUACAACAAUUGCUUUACAAUUAGCAGAUCGUUCGGUAAGAUAUCUUAUAGGUAUUGUAGAGGAUUUGUUGGUAAAGGUCGGUAAGUUGAUAUUUCCUGUUGAUAUUUUGGUUAUGGAGAUGGAAUAUGAUGUGGAUGUGCCUGUGAUUUUGGGUAGACCAUUUAUGGCUACUGCUCAUGCCUUGAUUGAUGUUGCAGCUGGUAAACUCACCUUAAGUAUUGGUGAGGAUAAGGAAGAGUUUAGUAUUUUUAAAGCCAUGAAAAGCCUUCCUUUUGAGGAUUCUUGUUUUAGACUUGAUGUGCUAGAUGAAUCUGUGAAUGAGAAUAUGGUUAAAAUGAUAAGUGAUGAUCCUCUUCUUCCUUGUUUAACUUUAACUUUAGGUGAUGAAGAAGUUGUUGAAAAUUUUCAUGAUUAUGUUACUAGAUUAGAAGGUAGUGGUUCUUUUAAUAAAUGUUUAGCUAUUGAAGAAUUGGGACAAAGGAAACCCAAAUUAUUACCUUCUUGUCAAGCACCACCAAAGUCAGAAUUAAAACAACUUCCUUCUCAUUUGAGGUAUGUCUUCUUGGGUGAAUCAAACACUUAUCUUGUUAUUAUCUCAUCUUCUUUAUCUAGUGUGCAGGAAGAGAAGAUUGUACGAGUUUUGAGAAAGCACAAGAUGGCUAUUGCCUGGACCAUUGCUGAUAUUAAGGGCAUUAGUCCAUCAGUGUGCAUGCACAAGAUUCUCAUGGAGGAGAAUCACAAAUCCAGUGUGGAGCAUCAAAGGAGACUCAACCCAAACAUGAAAGAUGUUGUGCGAGAUGAGGUACUUAAACUACUUGAUGCAGGAAUUAUUUAUGCGAUUUCUGAUAGUCCUUGGGUAAGUCCUGUUCAGGUUGUUCCAAAGAAAGGAGGUAUUACUGUUGAGCACAAUGAAAAGAAUGAGUUGAUACCUGUUAGGAAGCAAACUGGGUGGAGGGUUAUAACUAGAUUUACAUUGCCCCAGAAGAUCAGGAGAAGACCACUUUCACAUGUCCUUAUGGCACUUUUACCUUACAAAAGGAUGCCUUUUGGACUUUGCAACGCUCCUGCAACUUUCCAACGGUGCAUGAUGUCUAUCUUCUCCGACAUGGCGGAGAAGAUAAUUGAGGUGUUUAUGGAUGAUUUUUCUGUUUUUGGACCUUCUUUUGACGAGUGUUUGUCUAAUUUAGAACAGGUUCUUAAGCGUUGUGAAGAGACAAACCUUGUGCUUAAUUGGGAAAAAUGUCAUUUUAUGGUGCAAGAAGGGAUUGUCCUUGGUCAUAAGGUUUCACAAAAGGGAAUUGAGGUGGACAAAGCUAAAAUUGAAGUCAUUGAUAAAUUGCCACCACCAACUUCAGUUCGAGCUAUUCGAAGUUUCCUUGGGCAUGCAGGCUUUUAUAGGCGUUUUAUUAAGGAUUUCUCUAGAAUAGCUAAGCCUUUGUGUGAUUUACUUCAAAAAGAUGUUCCUUUUAACUUUGAUGAGAAUUGCUUGAAUGCUUUUAACAGGUUGAAAAAGGAACUUACCUCAGCUCCUAUCAUGGUAGCACCAGAUUGGAGUCUCCCAUUUGAAGUCAUGUGUGAUGCUAGUGACUAUGCCGUGGGAGCAGUUUUGGGACAAAAACAAGAUAAGAGGUUACAUGUUAUUUAUUAUGCUAGCAAGGUUUUAGAUAAUGCUCAGACUAAUUAUGCUACCACUGAGAAAGAAUUACUAGCUGUUGUUUAUGCUUUUGAGAAGUUUAGAUUUUAUCUUGUUGGUUCCAGAGUUGUGGUUUAUACUGACCAUUCUGCUUUGAAGUAUUUAUUGAUAAAAAAGGACACCAAACCAAGACUAAUUAGAUGGAUUCUACUUUUGCAAGAAUUUGACUUGGAAAUCCGAGAUAAGAAAGGGUCCGAAAAUUUGGUAGCCGACCAUCUUUCGAGAUUGGAGCAAGAAGAUAAGGUGGAUGAUGUACCAAUUAAUGAUAGCUUUCCUGAUGAGAACUUAAUGGCAGUAACAGAUGCUAAUGUCCCAUGGUUUGCCGAUUUUGUAAACUUCUUGGUCUCAAAUGAAGUACCAUUGGGUCUUAAUCAUCAUCAAAAGAAGAAGUUCUUUUCGGAAGUGAAACAUUACAUAUGGGAUGAUCCGCUUUUAUUCCAUAGAUGUGCUGAUGGUGUCAUUCGAAGAUGUAUUCCUGAGGAAGAGAUGGUUUCCAUUCUCACUCAAUGUCAUUCACUUCCUUGUGGAGGACAUCAUGGUGCUUCUAAAACAGCUGCUAAGGUACUUCAAUGUGGCUUCUUUUGGCCUACACUCUUUAAGGAUGCAAUGAGCUUCGUAAUGUCAUGUGACCGAUGUCAAAGAACUGGUAACAUAAGCAGAAGGCAUGAGAUGCCUCAGUCAGGUAUUUUAGAAGUUGAAAUCUUUGAUGUUUGGGGACUUGACUUUAUGGGACCUUUCACUCUAUCUGGUAAAAACAAGUACAUACUUGUUGCUGUUGACUAUGUCUCUAAAUGGGUGGAAGCUGUUGCAUUGCCUGACAACUUGGGAUCUAGUGUGGUUAAAUUUGUUCAGAAAAAUAUCUUUUCUAGAUUUGGAGUUCCUCGUGCUAUCAUUAGUGAUAAUGGUACUCACUUUCAGAAUGAUCAGUUCAGGACAUUGAUGCGUAAGUAUGGGUGCACUUUCAAAUCUGGAACCACUUAUCAUCCUCAAACGAGUGGGCAAGUAGAAGUAUCUAACCGUGAAAUUAAAGCUAUCUUGGAGAAAACGGUUAGUAAUACUAGAAAAGAUUGGUCAAGGAAGCUUGAUGAUGCUUUAUGGGCUUAUAGGACUGCAUUUAAGACUCCUUUGGGCUUGUCACCUUAUCGACUCGUGUAUGGUAAAUCUUGCCAUUUACCGGUUGAAAUUGAGCACAAGGCUUAUUGGGCGGUGAAGGCAAUGAAUUAUGAUCUCAAGUUAGCUGGGGAGAAGCGAUUGUUGCAAUUGAAUGAGCUUGAAGAGAUUCGAAGAGAUUCCUAUGCGAAUGCUCGAAUUUACAAGGAAAGGACCAAGGCUUGGCAUGAUAAGAAUAUCUUGAGGAGAGAAUUUAAAGUGGGUCAGAAAGUCCUUUUAUUUAACUCACGCUUUAAAUUGUUUCCAGGAAAAUUGAAGUCGAGAUGGUCCGGACCCUUUGUCGUGACUAAAGUCCAUCCUUAUGGUACAAUUGAGAUCGAAGGAGAUGAAAAGAGACCUUUUGUAGUCAAUGGCCAAAGAUUGAAGCAUUACUUCGAAGGAGAAUAUGUGCAACAUGUUCAGAAAAUCACCUUCUCUGAAUAA